UUCGGUGUAUUCAUGUCAAGAUUCUAUUUUUGUUAUUUUUAUGAAUAUGACAUUUUGAAUUUAAAUCAUAUGAUUUCAAAUAUAUUUUAAAAUGAACUUAUUAUCUAAAUCAUUACCUUUAAUCCGAUGCAAUAAAAGUGUCCUACCCGUUUCAAUUGGGAUUUGGAGACCUAGUCUUCGAUAUCUUUCUAGUCAAAAGGAAGGAGGCCUGACUAAAAGUCGGUCUUCUGAAGAUCGUGGAGAUGUGUCCACUGACGUUAGACCGCUUGGAGAAAAAAUCAAAGAAACCACUAAAACUGUAUCCUAUACAGGAAUUAUAUUAGUCGGUGUGGGAGUGACUGGAGUUAUAUUUUACUAUGUUUUUAGAGAAUUAUUCUCCAGCAACAGUCCUAAUAGUAUAUAUUCAGUAGCACUUGAAAAGUGUAAAAAUGAUCCCAGAGUGGAGGAUGCUUUAGGUGCUCCCAUAAAGGGAUAUGGAGAAGAAACAACAAGGAGAAGGCGGACUCAUGUCAGUCAUGCUGUUUAUGAGAAAAAUGGAGUUAAGCACAUGCGCAUGAGGUUUUACAUUAAGGGCAUCAGAAAUAAAGCUGUAGUGGAAUUGGAUAUGCAACAGAAUGAGUAUGGAAACUAUAUGUGCCGUUACUUACUCGUCCAAUUGGAUGAUUACAGUGGAAAGACUUUUAUUAUUGAAGACAAUAGAGCAGAGUUGGACAAAACGCCAGCUGAAUUUAACGGCCAAUUUCCAACAUUAACACUAACUCAGUGAAAAACCAAGUGCUGUGUAUAAAUUCAUUAGAUAAGUUUUAGAAAUGUGAAUAAAAUGUACAGACAGAUAUUA